UCGCAAACUUAGAUCUAAAAAGGCAUGCAAUAUUCAAAAAACAAAUAUUUCAAAUAUACCCUCACAUAAUCAGUUAUGAAUAUAUGCUUGUAUAAAAAUCAUAUACAUAAGUAUACACAUAAAGUUAGCAUGAGUGUCACAAAUAUACACCAUUCGGGCAGCCUGAACCAGUGCGGCAGUAAUGGGGCCGGUGGAAGGACCAGUCCAGGUGACCUCGCAGGCGAAGAUUUCCUAUGCAUCGGUGGUAAGGGAUCCUAUCCCAGGCCAUCGAUUGCAUUCUCAGGGCUGCUCGCUUUCAGACGCAGCUGAGUUGGGAUUGCCCGGAACCGUCAGAGGCUUCCCGUCCAUUUCCUUCUCUGAUGAAGACUUACAGGUUCUUUCCCUCCCAUUCCGAUACGCUCUGGUCGGUACUUUCCCCGUCGGACGCCCCCCUAUUCCUGCGAUUCGUAAAGCUUUUGAAAUGUUAGGGUUUGCUCAACCUUAUUCGGUUGGUUUGCUCCAAUCGAACAUUGUUCUAAUCAAUUUCAAGUCCGACCUGGAUUUCCAAAAAUUUUGGGACAAGAAUCCUGGGAUUUCUUUGGGUUCCAGAUGGUCGUGACCCGAUGGACCCUGAGCUUCUCCGUUGAACGGGACUCACCACUGGCCCCUGUCUGGAUCUCUCUCGAUGGACUUUCAGUCCACCUACAUGAUUUACGAGCCCUCAAGUCUAUUGGUAAGCUUCUGGGGAACCCGAAAAGAAUUGAUACCCCUACUGCAAACUUCUCUAUACCAUCCACAACCAGGAUUUGUGUAGAAAUGGAUAUCUCUCUUGAUCUGCCACCAAAAGUUUGGAUAGGCGAUGCUGCAACAGGGUUUUUUCAGAAUAUUGGGUAUGAAAACAUACCACUUUUCUGUAAAAAAUGCUUCCGGUUUGGCCAUACCGAUACGGAAUGCCCUCUGGCAACCAAUUGUGUGCCAAAAAACCAGGUUGGGGCACCCGUUAUUGUCCCUGUAACUUCUUCCCUCAAGACCCCUGCUAUUGAUGUUAUUGUGCCUAAAGUUUCAAAGGCAACUAAGGACCCUGGUACCUCUUCUUUGGGUUCUAUAGAAACUGCUUUAAUUGUUCCUAAAACAACUGCUGCCCCUGUUAAUGAUGUUGUUGUUCCUGUCUUUAGUGAUGUUCCUCAUGCCCCUGUUAAUGAUGUUCCUCAUGCCCCUGUUAAAUGAUGUUCCACAUGCCUCUGUUCUGGCAACUUUAGAGGAGCAGGAUAUUUCUGUUACUGCUAAGGCCCCUUACGAUGCUACUGUAUUCGGUUCCUUGCUAGGAACAGAUCACUGCCAGGCCCCUUUGGUUGAUAAUAUUACUGUCCAACAUCCUUUGUCUACUUAUUUUGAUACAUUUGUUGCUGCAGAUAUGACUAAUUAUAGAAGGAGAUAAAUGCUAAUUAAGAAGCUGCCUAAACUUUAAUAAAUUGCUCGCUUUUCCGGCGGCCAUGGAAGCCUUGUCCACCACCGUGCAGAGGUUAACAGGGGGACCGUCAUCUGGUUCUCCCCAGUUUGCACGCAGAAGAGAAGCCGACUCUUUUCGCCGUGAUCAUGAAGACUCCUUGGUUCCCAGAUUCUCCAAGAUGGAAUUUCCGCAGUACGAUGGGAAGAGUGACCCUCUGUCAUGGCUAAAACGCUGUGAAAGCUUCUUUGUUCAGCAACGUACCCCAGCUCAAGCUCGGGUUGGCCUGGCGACUUUCCAUAUGAUCGGCACAGCGCAACUUUGGGCUAAUCAGUUGGAUACGAGCGCAUGACCAGUCUCUUGGACAGAGUUCUACACCAGAUGUACGAAACGUUUUGGCCCGCCUAGUAUUGCCCAUCCCGAAGGAGAACUUGCCAAACUACGCUAGACGAGCGACCUUGAGUUGUAUAUUGAAACUUUUCAACACAUAUUAGCUCGCACGGUGGGGAUCUCUGCCCGUAUGCAGGUUAAGAUAUUUACAGCCGGGCUCCGCGAGGUUGUCCGAAUGGAGGUUGAGUACCAGGAUCCAUUAGACCUUGACUCAGCUAUGAUGCUGGCCUGCACUGUCGAACGCAAAUAUCACCUGCCAAACUAUUCGUCUGAACUUCUAGUGCGCCCCCAAUCCAACCUACGUUCAGCAUCAGUACCUGCCACUACGGAAUCCAACCCGAACCUUAAGUGUCACUUUCGCUUUGGAGAGUGGGGGACUUAUGGAGUAUAUUUCCAUAUACCCCAGGGGUAUCACAAUCGCCGGCAUAGAGCAUCACAGACCCAUUCCGGAUUGCAUAAAAAUACCAAGUCCACAUCUGGGACCGACCCUAACGCCGGCAUAGAGCAUCACGGACCCCGACCAUUUAUUUAUUAGCAUGCAACUUCACAAACAAGUGUAAUAAUAUUCACUAAAUGUAAAGCAAGGUAAGAUUUAUUUAAGAACAGUGAGUAAACAUACCUUUAUAUAGGAGUCGUAGGCUUUUUUUGCAACGACCUAUGGAAUAUAAAUGUAUAAAGAAAUUAGGUCCCACAAGUUUAUGGGUAGUGCAAGCAUUUACUGAUUUAGUAGGUUAAAUAAGCAUAGACAUUCAAGAUGGAAAAGUUCUACAUCUCUAUAUUUGGGUUGACAAAAAAACAUCAAGUGAAGGAUUU